AUGGGGGAUAUGUUCCGCAGUGAGCAAAUGGCAUUAUGCCAGAUGUUUAUACAACCAGAGGCCGCGUACACCUCCGUCUCGGAGCUGGGUGAAACCGGCUGUGUGCAGUUUCGCGAUCUAAACUGUACGGUGAAUGUCUUCCAACGCAAGUUCGUGACGGAGGUGCGUCGUUGCGACGAGCUGGAGCGUAAGAUACGCUACAUCGAAACGGAGAUCAAGAAGGACGGCAUUGCGCUGCCGGAUAUCCAGGAUGAUAUUCCACGCGCGCCCAAUCCACGCGAGAUCAUUGAUCUGGAGGCGCAUCUGGAGAAGACCGAAACCGAAAUGAUCGAGUUGGCCCAGAAUGAGGUCAACAUGAAAUCCAACUACUUGGAGCUGACCGAACUGCGCAAGGUGCUGGAGAAUACCCAGGGAUUUUUCUCCGACCAGGAGGUGCUCAAUCUGGACUCGAGCAAUCGUGGCGGUGGCGACGAGGCUGUUACCCAGCAUCGUGGUCGUCUCGGAUUCGUGGCGGGCGUCAUUAAUCGUGAACGCGUGUUUGGUUUCGAGCGCAUGCUGUGGCGCAUCUCGCGUGGCAAUGUGUUCCUUAAGCGUUCCGAUUUGGAUGAUCCUCUGAAUGAUCCAGCCACUGGUCAUCCCAUCUAUAAGACCGUCUUUGUGGCCUUCUUCCAGGGCGAGCAGCUGAAGAAUCGCAUCAAGAAGGUGUGCACCGGCUUCCAUGCCUCGCUGUAUCCCUGUCCCAGCUCGCACAACGAGCGCGAGGAGAUGGUCAAGAAUGUGCGCACUCGUCUCGAGGAUCUGAAGCUGGUGCUUAGCCAGACCGAGGAUCAUCGCAGCCGUGUGCUGGCCACGGUCUCCAAGAAUCUGCCCUCGUGGUCGAUUAUGGUCAAGAAGAUGAAGGCCAUAUAUCAUACGCUCAAUCUGUUCAACAUGGAUGUGACCAAGAAGUGCCUCAUCGGCGAGUGCUGGGUCCCGACUAAGGAUUUGCACGUUGUGCAAAAGGCUCUGUCCGACGGCUCAGCUGCUGUGGGCAGCACCAUUCCAUCGUUCCUCAAUGUCAUCGAUACGAACGAACAGCCGCCGACUUUCAAUCGCACCAACAAGUUCACGCGCGGCUUCCAGAACCUGAUCGAUGCCUAUGGCAUCGCCUCGUACCGCGAGUGCAAUCCGGCUCUGUACACUUGCAUUACAUUCCCCUUCCUUUUCGCUGUGAUGUUUGGCGAUUUGGGACACGGCCUGAUCCUAUUGCUCUUCGGCGCCUGGAUGGUGCUCAGCGAGAAUAAGUUGAGCCGCAUCAAGAAUGGCGGCGAAAUCUGGAACAUCUUCUUUGGCGGUCGCUAUAUCAUUCUGCUCAUGGGUCUAUUCUCUUGCUACACCGGCAUCAUCUACAACGAUAUAUUCUCCAAGUCUAUGAAUUUGUUCGGCUCGAAUUGGGUGAAUAACUACAAUACAUCGACGGUACUGACCAAUCCACAUCUACAGAUGUCACCGAACACCUCCGCUAAGGGUGUCUAUCCCUUGGGCCUGGAUCCCAUUUGGCAGCUGGCCGACAACAAGAUCAUCUUUCUCAACAGCUUCAAGAUGAAGUUGUCCAUUAUCAUCGGUGUACUGCACAUGAUCUUUGGCGUCAGCAUGUCCGUUUUCAACUUUGUGCAUUUCAAGCGUUAUUCCUCCAUCUUGCUGGAGUUCGUGCCUCAAAUUUUGUUCCUGAUGCUGCUUUUCGGUUACAUGUGCUUCAUGAUGUUCUUCAAGUGGUUCAAGUACAACGGAUUCACCAGCAACCAGCCCGAGACACCUGGCUGCGCUCCAUCCGUGCUGAUCAUGUUCAUCAACAUGAUGUUGUUCAAAAACACUGCGCCACUCAAUGGUUGUAAAGAGUUCAUGUUUGAGUCUCAGCCCGAUGUGCAGAAGCUUUUUGUCGUCGUUGGUCUCAUUUGCGUGCCAUGGAUGCUGCUCGGCAAGCCGCUGUACAUCAAAAUGACUCGCAGCAAAAACGUGUCGCAUGUCAAGCACAAUGGCGAGCUGACUGGCAACAUGGAACUGGCCGAGGGCGAGACACCAUUGCCCACUGGCUCAACCGGCACUGAGAGCGCUGGCGGUGCGCACGGUCACGACGACGAGCCCAUGAGCGAAAUCUACAUUCAUCAAGCCAUUCACACUAUCGAAUAUGUGCUCAGUACCAUCUCGCACACGGCCUCCUAUCUGCGUCUCUGGGCUCUGUCCUUGGCCCAUGCUCAACUGUCUGAGGUGCUGUGGAACAUGGUGCUGUCGAUGGGUCUUAAAAUGCCACCCUAUACCGGUGCCAUUGGCUUGUUCAUCAUCUUCGGCGCCUGGUGCUUGUUCACUUUGGCCAUUUUGGUUAUGAUGGAAGGCUUGUCUGCUUUCCUGCAUACCCUGCGUCUGCACUGGGUGGAGUUCAUGAGCAAAUUCUACGAAGGCUUGGGCUACGCCUUCCAGCCCUUCAGCUUCAAGGCGAUCAUUGAUGGCGAAGAGGAGGAGUAAUCGAGCCCCAGCAAUAGCCACAACUAUAUGAAUAUCAUAUAUAUAUAUAUUAUUUUGUUUUGUUUGAUAUUUUUUGUUCUCUCAAUACUGUCAGUAUUGUGGUACUCUUCCCACAUUUCCUCAUUUUAUGUAUUCCAUCCGUUUUCAAAAGUUUUUUGUUAUGUAUUCUCAGAGAAAAAACCGCUUAAGCAAUAAUUUGAUAUUCGU